GUACACUUAAAAAAAUUUAAUGGUACUGUGUUUCCUUUGGUCCCCGUAGAACUGCUUUAUCCUGGAAUUUUCUUGAUCUAAAAAAAAAGCUAAAGCUUAAAUGUUAAGCAUAACAACAUAAAUGCAGAACUGAAUAAAAUAAAAUAAUUUAAUUUAAUAUCUGCAAUAAUAAAUUUAGUUGAACUUAAUUUUUACGUUUUUGACAAGAAUUUAAAAUUUUUAAAUGUAUCAGCAUUGUUAAAACAUGGGAUUAAUUUCCUUAAAAAAAACUUAAGAAAAUCAAAAUUUGAUGUAAAGUGUAUUGCCAUUGCUUUAUGAUUUAUAAUUUAUUUACUUACUUUACAAAAUAAAAAAUAAAAAAACGUUUGAAUAAAAUGCUUAUCUUGAGGGCCAGAAAUUAAAAAAGUUAAAAAGAAAAACGGAUGCAAACCAGUUUGUCCCUGACAUUUCCAAACGAACAAAAUGGAGUAAUUACAUUUUACACCCAAUUUUUGGUCAGAAAACUGAUAAAAGUUACACUGGCUGAUUUUAAAUAUAGCUAUAUAUUGAGGUUCAAAAGCAUUAUAUCUGCAUCAUGCUAAAGUUAGUGACUAUGCAUGAAUAUUCAUGCGUUCCUACAAAAAAAUAUUUUGCAGUCUGUUACCUUAUCCUACCUGUUCGCUCGCGCUCUUCAGUCACGUGUGACUUAAUUUAAAGAUGGCGGCGGCGCGCGGAGAACUACCUGAAGGUGAUCGAUAUGUUGACCAGCUUUGUGGAUGGAAUCUUUUGCUGCUUAACGGGGAAAUCUGCCAAUGUUGUGGUUCCGAUCGAGACGUCUGAGCCUGCGGAUGGUUUUGAGUUUGUGGAGGUGAAGCCUGGCAGGGUUCUGCGGGUUCGGCACAUCAUCCCCGACCGGCCGGUGGUGGAAGAGCCAGGAGGGGAAGGGGGCAGCGUCAGCUGCAAGAGGAAAAUCACAGUAUAUCGCAAUGGGCAAUUACUGAUCGAGAAUGUGAGUGAAGCUACACAUCCAGAGCUGGUGCGCUGUCAGAAUGGAGACAGCACUGUAGAGAUGGAGGACUUGGAAACAAGGCAAGCUGUGGAUUCCAAUGCAGUUGUUCCCCAAGAGCAGCCUCAGCGCAGACGACGCAAACCCAAGCGCACUGUGAUGAUCGACUGUGAGCGUAAAAUCACCCGCUGCAAAGAGACACACCCUGACGUGGCCUUGUUCUUCAUACAUGGAGUAGGAGGGUCUCUGGACAUAUGGGGGGGCCAGCUGGACUUCUUCUCUCAGCUCGGCUAUGAAGUUAUUGCCCCAGACCUCACGGGCCACGGUGCGAGCUCCGCCCCUCAAAUCACUGCUGCCUACACUUUUUACGCCCUGGCCGAGGACAUACGGAUAAUAUUCAAGAGAUAUGCAAAACGGAGGAACAUUCUCAUUGGACAUUCAUACGGUGUAUCAUUUUGCACCUUCUUGGCCCAUGAAUAUCCAGAGCAAGUUCACAAAGUAGUGAUGAUUAACGGUGGUGGCCCCACAGCCCUGGAACCCAGCCUCUGUUCCAUCUUUAACCUGCCCACCUGCGUGCUGCACUGUUUGUCGCCGUGCCUGUCUUGGAGCUUCCUCAUGGCUGGAUUUGCCCAUCAGGGGACAAAAGAAAAGAAACUUUUGAAAGAGAAAAAUGCCUUCAACGUGUCUUCCUUUGUGCUGCGGUCUAUGAUGAGCGGCCAGUACUGGCCAGAGGGUGAUGAAGUCUAUCAUGCUGAAAUCACUGUGCCCACGCUCCUGGUUCAUGGCAUGUAUGACAAGUUUGUGCCAAUUCAGGAGGACCAGCGCAUGGCAGAGAUUCUGCUACUGGGCUUCCUGAAGAUCAUUGAUGAGGGAAGCCACAUGGUAAUGAUGGAAUGCCCCGAGACAGUCAAUACCCUGCUCCAUGAGUUUUUCCUCUGGCAGCCAGCCAGCACCUCAAAACCUAAACAAGAGACUGCACUUCCACCAACCGCUAACAAAACCUCCUGCUCCAAAGAAACAGCAAGGCCAACAACUGCCCCCAAGGUUACCACCUCAAAGCCCGAACAGGACCUGACGAGGCCCACAACUGCCCCAAAGAUUAGCCAAGAGGGACAAAAAUGAGUGUGAAAUCUGGUUGUCAUUUUUAAGCUCAUUCCAAAGAUUUGCCAUAAAAGCAAUGUGAUACUUAA